AUGUCCAUUACGCAAACCGCCUAUCCGAGCCUCGAAGCCGCCAAGGCUGCCGCCAAUGACAUGGCCAAGACGCAAGGCUUUGCCCUGGCCACGCGCACGAGCAAAAUGGACGGCGCCGGCGUCGUCAAGUACCUCAUCCUGCGCUGCUCCAAGGCAGGGCAGUUUCGUCAAGAUCCCAAUGUCCUCUCGACCCACGAGACCAAGAGGCGGUGUAGAAAGACAUCGCAAAAGACCGGCUGUAAGCUCACCGUCAUCACCAGCUACAACGGGGCCUUGAACAAGUGGCUCGUGCGGAUGCCCAGCGGCUCGGGCCACAAUCACGCUCUCUUGCCGCCGCAGGCUCACACAAAGUACCGCAUCGAGGCAGUGACGGCACGACUGGGCGACAUAGUCGCUCUAUACAACGACGGCAUCGCGCUAGUCGACAUCGCUGCGCGGCUCCGUGCCGCUGCCGCGCCCGAUGACGAUAUCGCCACCAUCACGAGCCAGGACGUCAGGAACGCCCGAUCACGCCACAGGAGAGACGAGGAAAUGGCAUAUACCCCUUGA